AUAAAAAGCAACUAUUACCUUCCGCCAAACACAGGCAGCCGGCGAAGCUCCUCUUCAUAAAAACCAAGCUUCAGGCACACGGUCUUAAUUUCUUCCCCAAAAGCCCUUGCCUUCCGUUCUUCGCAGAAUGUUUGGUAUUUCGUACGGCGAGCUCUUCCUCUUGAUCGGAGCCACCGCUGCUUUAGUCGGACCAAAAGAUUUGCCUAGGAUUGCAAGAAUGGCGGGGCGGUUAGCGGGUCGAUCAAUCGGGUAUGUCCAGUUAGCUCGGGGCCAAUUCGACAAUGUAAUGCAGCAGUCUCAAGCUCGCCAGGUUCAAAAGGAACUUCAAGAUGCGCUUGCACAGUUAGAUUCGAUUCGUUAUGAAGUACGAAAUCUGUCGCUUAUAAACCCCGGUCCUAUGACUCGAAAGCUGAUGGAAAAUGCUGAGGAACUUGCCUCUCCACAUAAUGGGGCCAACAGUUCAAUCGAGAGUACUAAGGAGGAAGUGAAGUUGACGACUAGUGUGAUCAAGGAUAAUAUUAACAUCAGAACCUCAGAAUCACUUAAUUUGCAUACACAAGCCUCUGCAUAUGCUAAAUUGGCUGAAUCUGCUGCUGUGAAAACUGGCUCUUUGAAAAGUAAUGAAGAGAAAGCGAGCCUUAUUGAUGAAAAUGGCCUUUUCACUGUUCUCCCAAUUUCAGCUGAAAGCACCGGAAUGCUACCAAAACGCAAGGAAAACGUUGAAGGAUCGGACAUUGUGUUGGAAGCAGUGCUUGAAGCAGAGGUAGCACGUAACGCCAAAGAUUUCUUUUCACAGCCUGAAAAUCAAAUACAAUGAACAGAAAAGCUACUGGGAUCAAUGAGAAUUGCUACAAAAGAGAGAGAGAGAGAAAUGAUGGCAGUAGAGAAAUUUUGUUCACAUUUUAAAUUGUUGGUCUGUUUAUGUCUUGGGAUAUUUAUGGUGCAGGGGAUUGGAGGAGGAGUAUAUUAGCCGUAAAAACCUUAUACAACCUGCAGCUUUAUUUGCUUAUGAAGACUGUACAAUUAGUACUGUCACAUGUAAUUAUAGCACCAUUGUCUGUCAAGUUUAAGUGAAAUGACAAAGAUAGAUUGUCUUGUGUAACUUGUAACUGUUGUAAGACAGAAAAACAGUUGAAGCAUAAAUCAGUGAUGUUGAACUAUGCUAUAGCAGUAGUGUCAAAAUGGUCCUAAGAUUAGUUAGCUAUAGCAGUAGUGUUAAUGAAGGCAACUUUAGCUUCAUCCUAAAAAUUGAAAUUGUUUAUAUUUUUUUAAUAAUGGUUAGAAUAAUGUAUGUGGCACUA